AAUACAUGAGCGCAACUUCACAAUGCCCCUGCAAACUCAGUCUGAAGAAGUUUCCCAGUCCCUUCAUUGAACCUACUCCUGGAAAUUGAGCACCGCGAACCUAGACCCGUAUCACCAUGUCCUUCAUCGCAGCCUUCUUCAAGCAGAUCUUCUAUCUGGGCCAGCCCGAUGACUCGACCUUACCCAGUCAGGGCACUGUGACUCCUGACCCAAAUUUCAAUGUCGAUGGUGAUGUACUCAUCUUGGAUAAGGCCAUCAAGGCCAAGGGUGUGGAUGAGAACACCAUCAUUGAUGUGCUGGUGAGGAGAAGCAACGCCCAGAGACAGCAGAUCAAAGCUACCUACGAAAACGCUAAAGGCAAGCCUCUGGAGACUGCCCCUGACAGUCGGAGCCCUAAAGGGACACUGGAGGAUGUGGUUCUUUGGCUCUGCUCAGACGCCAGCCCUAUCGAAACUAAAUGCGCCAUACAGCCCAGCAGCAUCACUGUAGCGCUACUAGAUAUGAGAGACACCAUGGUGAACCAGAACUUUGCUGACAGUGGAUGCACAGGGGUAAUGGAGAGAGAGGAGAGAGUGAAUGUGUGUCAAGAAUUCAAGGUUGGGCCCCGCAAAGAUGAGACAGCUUUGGAGAAUGCCCCUUCUUGUCGAUGCUGUCACCUGACUGUUUUUCUUUUCUGUCUUUCAGUGAAGUGUGCUGGAAGCAAGCCGGCUUUCUUUGCUGAGAAGCUCAACUUGGCAAUGAAGGGUAAAGGAACCAGGACCAAUAUUCUGACCCGGGUCAUGGUGAGCAGGUCUGAAGUAGACCUGGCCCGGAUUAGACAGGAGUACAAGAAGACGUUUGGGAAAACCCUCUCGCAGGAAAUUCUGGAUGACACCAACGGAGACUAUGAGAAGAUCCUACUGGCCCUGUGUGGAAGUGACAACUAACUUUCUCUCAGAUCUCACCUGGAACCAAUUACCACAGUGCAUGAGUGCCAAUGGAGAAUAAUGUGCAUGAUUAAAUGUUCCCCUCCCAAAUGCAAAAUAUUAUGGUUCAUGACAACUAUCUGAAAUGGCAGUCAUGAUGUAUUUUCUCUACCUGCUAACAGCAAUGAGCACAGUAAACAUGGUAAGCAGCAUUGACAUAUAUUUAGCCUAUAUUUAGCCUAGCUUCAGCAGACUUGAGGAUCUAUAGUGCAAUAUACCAGACACCAUUUGUGUGGCAAGAAUAUGCAGUGGCAUUGUGCCCUGGAUAACUGGUCCUUCGUGCAAAUAAAGCUUUUUAUGUUGCUUCAAA